CAAUUUAUAUAACUCUCUCAAAAACACAUUUCCAAGAUUCAUAUCAAAUCCCUUCUUCAAUAUCAUGGGCAUUGCACGGUGGCUCAACCGCACCGUGGGCUUCUUUGUCUUCGCUCUCCUCGACAUUGCCGAUUUCUUGCUUUGUUAUACUUACAAGACUUUGGAUUACUUCUUGGAGUCCGAGAGGAAACCUUGCUACUGCUCUUCUCCACCAGAGGCUCAAGCCAAGACCGAGAAGAUCAUAGUGUCGGAAAGAGGCGGGUACUCAAAGGUUGUGUCUCUAACAAGAAGUAAGAUCCAUUUCGAUGAGAUCUCGGACACGCUUUACUCACGUGGUCCUUCACUUCUAACGAGGCUCUCUAAGCUCGUGAGGUCCGUGAAAUGUUUUAAUUAUAAGGGUUUGAUCAUGAGAGGCAAUGUGGUGGAAUCUUGUGAUCAUCAUGAGUCUAAGAAGAAGAUUAGUAAACGUAAAAAGAGAUUAAUGACUUUGAAUUCUACGGUGGUUGAGAAAUCUUCGACAGCUCCAAGAUGGUCGGAUUGCCAUUGCAGUUUCUGCACUUCUUGGCUUACUUCUUCCAACAGAGAUUCUCUGUUUGUCAAAGUUCAACAACCCAAAGAUAACAAGAAGGCCCGAGACAACGUUGUGUUUAUACAUGGUUUCGUAUCAUCAUCCGCGUUUUGGACGGAGACUCUCUUCCCAAAUUUUUCUGAUUCAGCCAAAUCGAACUAUAGGUUCAUCGCAGUCGAUCUUUUAGGCUAUGGAAGAAGUCCUAAGCCAAAUGACUCGUUAUAUACUUUAAGAGAACAUUUGGAGAUGAUUGAGAAAUCAGUGAUCUCUCAGUUUAAGCUCAAAACGUUCCACAUAGUAGCUCACUCCUUAGGCUGCAUUUUGGCUCUUGCACUCGCAGUUAAACAUCCAGGAGCUAUCAAAUCCCUUACUCUUUUGGCUCCUCCAUAUUACAAGGUGCCAAAGGGAGUCCAACCAGCGCAAUACGUGAUGAGGGAAGUGGCUCGGAAGGAAGUUUGGCCACCGAUGCAGUUUGGUGCAUCGGUGCUUAGCUGGUAUGAGCACUUAGGCCGCACCAUUGGCCUUGUCCUUAUCAAGAAUCAUCACUUGAUUGAGUUUGUCACCCGCCUACUCACCCUAAACAGGAUGCGAACUUAUUUGAUAGAAGGAUUCUUAUGUCACACACAUAAUGGGUCAUUUCACACAUUACACAACAUCAUCUUCGGGUCAGGAGCCAAGCUCGACUCGUAUCUCGACCAUGUCCGUGACCAUGUGGACUGCGACGUUGCCAUCUUCCACGGUGGCAAGGACGAGCUCAUUCCUGUGGAGUGUAGUUACAGUGUCAAGAGCAAAGUGCCACGUGCCACUGUCCACGUCAUCCCUGACAAAGACCACAUCACCAUUGUGGUCGGCCGACAAAAAGACUUUGCACGAGAGCUUGAGCUCAUUUGGCAAAGAUCCCAAUCAACUUAAGUGAAUAUAUUUUAUAAUGAUGA